UGAGUGGCUGCUACUGUACACAGACUGUCUGAGGUGGAGCAGGGAAAAGACUGAUUGGUGAAAACAGAAGGGACUGCUUUUUUCCCCUGAAGCUAAACUGUGGGAUGUCUACCAAGAUGCUUUGGUAGAUAGUGGGAUCACAGACAGAGUUGUUUACGGACUGCAUCCUCGAGUUAGUGCGCGGGAGUUUUCAGAAAUUGGCGCAGAAACAUGUUGGGUUUCCAGAAGUGGUGAGCUGAACCUUUUUCUGGGGCUGUAUUGUGGACAAACUCUAUUGGAUUAUCCAAGUCUUGCAUAGCACUGGAAUUUGUAAACAGGCAUUAAAGGGAUUUCUUGUUUUUGCAUUUUUGAACGUAAACCGAGACAUGUAUGGUGCAUUUACUGGAUGAUGUGAAGGUACACUUGAAAAACGUUUACUCCUGAUGCAUGCCUAUGUUCAGCCUGUGGUCUGCACCUGUCUGUGUCACAGACCAUCUCAGGACGAGAUUUCUCCUUGAGUGUAUAGGUUGGUUUAGGUGCAGUUCUAUAGGCACAUGUGAAGCCCUCAAUGACAUUGCUUGUAAAAAGAGCCAUACAAAUUAGAUUUGAACAUGAACAGAGAUAACGGUAAGUCCAUCCUGAACAAGUUCUCCUCCAUCUUUACUCGCCCCGACCCGGACCACUCGGAACAGCGGGACCAGGAGACGGCCGUGCUGAAGCUUUAUCGGACCCUCUCAGGAGAAGACUUUGAUUCUGAGAACGAUGCGCCUGGUUUGGACAAGGAAGUAAAUGGCCAUCUGAAAAGAGAGAUUUCCUGGGGUUUGACAAAGGAGAAUGGAGAAACUAAUGUUACAGGGUCACGUGAGAAACAGGAAAUGGACACUUGUGAGGGUGACAUGGAUUUUGGUCAUGCUAAUGGGACCCUGCUGGGAACUUCAAGCUCUUCUCGUGACGAUGUACACGGGGAGAUCGUCUGGGUGACUGAAGUAAAGGCAGGAAAUGACAUGAAAAAGGAAGAGGAGGAUUCAAAAGGCAAUCGUGCCAGCCAGUCAAAAGAGAGCGUCGAAGUGAGGAUGACCAACUUGCAAGAAUGUGGUGAUCCUACAGGCACUGACCCAGAAGACAUGGCCACAGGCCACAGACAUAGUGUGACAUCAGAAGAGGAUGUGGAGGAUGAGUCCAUUGAUACACAUUUGCUUUCAGACGGCUACACCAUACACUCAAACUCACCAACAGCUUGUUAUAAGAAUAAUUCUUCUGAGGUAAACACUGUGGAUCACACGACAACCAAUCGAAACCAACAACAAACUUUGGUCUCUGAGGAAAAAGUAAUGACGUUUGUUCACAGACAGGAAGAACCUUUAGACAUCAACAACCAACACAAUGAUCUCCACAACAAGGACACUUGCUACAGUAGACAGAAACAUGCCCUUAGCCAGGAGCUGGCCCCAGAAGCUUGCAUUGGGGAUGUGGUCACUGUCUCACCCAUAGAGACUGCUGGUAAAUUUGGUGCUAUUGGAUUGCCCGACGCCAAAACACUGCUUAUAAUUCUUACCAAGGCUGAACUUGUCUCAGAAGAGCUGAACACACCACCAAUAGUUCACAAGAGUUCACAGGAGUUCACAGGACAGGGAAAGACAGGAAGCAGAUCCAACACCACACAGGACGAGGAUGUCCUGCCAGAUGAACCUGUGACAGAAGAAGCUGAAGAGACUCAAUUUAAAGAAAACAAAAAGAGUAUAUCACAAACUGCUACCGUUUCAUCCCCAGAAAACACUUCCAAGGCACUUAAUGAGGCGGAUACACAUAGACACAUCAUGAGGUCACAGAUUCAAAUCACCCUAGAGACACGCGCUAUGGAAGCACCAACAUCCCCUGCUAUAGAGGAACUUACGAUAACAAACUCCACUAACCACCUGGACUCUCCCGCUGAGGCCACAUCCCGGUCGUUCAGCCCCCAGAAUGGACCUCCAUCUCCAGCCUCAUCUGACUCCUCCACCAUCAGAACCACCUUCUCUCCAGGCUCCCCCACAGACAAGUCUAUCCAGCUACCUGCCCUCUUUUCGGGCCUGAGGGUGCUGAGGAAGGGGGUUACAGGGGUGGAGCAUGAUACGGUGGCCCAGAUCAGACCGGGGAAAGGGGCUUCUGGGGUCCCGACUGAGAGGAGAGGCAGUUUUCUGAACCAGCUGUCCCAGUUCCUCAAUCUGGAUCAUGACAAAGGAGACAGGAUGGGACAGGAGACGAUGCAGGAGAAGGGGCAGGAGACAAGGCAGGAAACGAGGCAGGAGGCGAGGCAGGCGGACCCCUCGCAGGGAGCUGAGGCCGUCAGUGAGGCCACAGAGGAGAAGAAAGGAGAGAAGAAGAAAGAAGAGAAAGAAGAAGAAGAAGAAGAAAAAGACAUUGAGGAGAAGGAGAAUGAAGAAGACAGAGGCGAGAGGGAGGCAGGUGAGGAGAAGAGCGAGCAGGACACGGCAGAGCUCACUCUCCCAGCUGUGGCCAACCCUCCAAAACCCUCCAAGGAAUCAAAGCCUGCUGCCUCGGGCGCGGAGGCAGCCUUUGGUGCCUUCAAGGCCUUUUUCACUCCCAGGCCUCUGAAGAGGGAGGCAGAUCUGGAAGCUCUGAGAAGGAAGAUUAGGAGUGACAAAGAGGCGCUGAAAGCCAUCUUUGAGAGAGCCUCCUCCAAGACACCUGAGAAGAAAGUCCUCACUGAAUCAAAACCGGAGGGCUCCUGUCCCGGGGAGGGAGAGGACCGCACCCCCGGCCGUCUGCAGGCUGUCUGGCCCCCGCCCAGAGAGGAGAAGCUGGGUCUGAAGUACACGGAAGCAGAACACCAAGCAGCGCUUCUUCAGCUGAAAAGAGAAUGCAAAGAAGAGGUGGAGAAGUUAGAGGAGAACUUUGGGCGGCAGCUCUCCUCGUUGAGGGAGCAGAACGAGGAGUCCGUGUACCACUUGCGGCACGCGCUGGGCCAGAUGCAGGCUGAGCUGAACCUGGGGCGGAGCCACCAGCGUGGGGACCUCCGUGAUGUGGCUGUCGACACGGGAGACGACCUCACGCCCCGGUCCUUCCGGAACGUCUGCGUCCAGACGGACCGGGAGACCUUCGUCAGAGCCCUCGAGGAUGAGGAGGGUGGAGGGAGAGUGGAGGGAAGCCUUCAGCCCCUCCAGCAUGUGCCCGGGAGGCUGGACCUGGCCUCCAUCAGCAUCAGUCUAGCAGGACAGAGCAAGGAUGGACGGGAGAGGGACCUCUCUACCUCCCACCUCCCUCCCUCCUCCUCCCUCCCUCCUCCUCCUCCUCUUCCUCCUCCCCUUGCGGCAUUAGAGUUUACUGCAGCUGGAGGACUUCAGGCUUCAGGAAAUGAUUCUCCCCCUCCUCCCCCUCCUCCUCCACCACCUCCUCCCCCACCUCUUCCCCCAAGCUUGAUGCAGGUGCCAGGUUGCCCUCCACCCCCACCUCCGCUGCCUGGGUGUGGCCCCCCACCCCCUCUCCCUCCUCUGGGGGGUCUGAUGGUGGAGAAGCCCCUCAGGAAGGCGGCUGUGGAGCCGGCCUGUCCCAUGAAGCCCCUCUAUUGGACCAGGGUCCAGAUACACACCAGCAGUAACGCAACACUGUGGAACUCUCUAGUUGAGCCAGAUUUAAUCAACACCAGUGAAUUUGAAGACCUGUUCUCCAAGAGUGCAGUGCAGAACAAGAGAAAGCCUCUGUCUGACGCUUAUGAGAAGAAACCCAAAGCCAGGAAGAUUGUGAAGCUGCUGGAUGGGAAACGCUCCACGGCCGUGGGGAUCCUCAUCUCUUGCCUGCACCUGGACAUGAAGGACAUCCAGCAGGCUGUUCUCACUGUAGACAACUCUGUGGUGGACUUGGAGACAAUAGAAGCUUUAUAUGAAAAUAGAGCUCAGCCAGAUGAACUGGAGAGGAUCAGGAAACACUACGACUCAUCAGACCAGGACCAUGUCAAGCUGCUGGACAAACCUGAGCAGUUCUUGUAUGAGCUGUCUCAGAUCCCAGACUUUGCAGGCAGAGCUCACUGCGUCAUCUUCCAGUCUGUCUUCAUGGACAGCAUCGCCUCCGUCCAGCGCAAGGUGGAGACUGUCUCACGCAUCUGCCAGGUCCUGCAGGAGCAGCGCAGUGUGAGGGACGUGAUGGGGCUGGUUCUGGCCCUGGGGAACCAUAUGAAUGGGGGGAAUCGAACCAGGGGCCAGGCGGACGGCUUCAACCUGGACAUCCUGCCCAAGCUCAAGGACAUCAAGAGCAGGGACAAUCGUAUCAGUCUGGUGGACUAUGUGGUUUCCUACUAUCUCCGCAAUCUGGACGAGCAUGCGGGGACAGACAGGAGUGUCCUCCCUCUGCCCGAGCCCCAGGAAGUGUUCCUGGCCACGCAGGUCAAGUUUGAUGACCUCACAAAGGACCUUCGCCAGCUCAAACGGGACCUGACAGUGUGUGAGAUAGCUGCUCAGAAGGUUUGCUCCAGCUCGUCUCCGGAUCAUCUACAGCCCUUCAAGGACAAGAUAAAGGCCUUUCUCCUGUCUGCACAAAAAGAACAUGAUGAAACAGAGUCUCUGUUGAUGUCUGCUCAGAAAAGAUUCCAGGAUGUAGUGCUGUACUUCGGCCUGAAGCCCAAGACAGGAGAGAAAGAGGUGGCCAGUGGUCACUUCUUCAUGCUGUGGUUCGAAUUCUGUUCCGACUUCAAGAUCAGGUGGAAGAGAGAGAACAAGAACAUCUCUAAGGAGAGGCUGAAAGAGGCCCAGCUGUCUGUGAUCAGGAUAACUGCUGAGAAGAAGGUGGAAACCAGGACGAUCAACCCCAACAGUCUGAAAGAGAGACUGCGACAGAAAGAAGCCAGUCUGAGUGCCAGCUGAGAAGACGAAGAGACGAUCCUCUCCAACUCACCUGCCUCUGGAUCAGGGGACAAUAGAUGAACCCCCUUGUGAUUGUUGACUCUCAUACACACACACACACAUGGUCCAGAAGCUCAAAUAUCAACAUGUCUACUCAGUUCAGUUGCUGAAACAGACUUGUAUCUCAGAGGAAGGUCGGAAGAGUCUCUUUGUACUGUCAAUACGUUCAAAAUACUCAUAUUCAAAUUACUUAUGAACGAUAUGAUUAUUCUAUGAAUUAACUGAAGAAUGGAGGAUUCAGCCCAUCACAAUGAAGCACUUUUCUUGAAUUAAACUAUCUUAAAUGUCUAUCGAUCUAAUGUCAAUAUAAUGUGUUUACUACCGAAUUUAAUAUGAUUUGUUUUUAACUUUUUAUUUUAAGAAUAGCUUUAGAUCUGUAAAAUAUUCACAUUUCCAAAUGUGUUUUUAUCUGUCACCCCUCAUUGAUUUAAUUAAAAGAAACAGGCAAAGAUGGUCUGACAAGAUAUACAAAACAAAUUGUAUUCAUCAACUAUUUUAUUUACAAAGAUAUAGUGACAGUGCAGGUUGUGAAAUGGGAUUCAAGAACAUUCAUGUCUCCUGCAGUGAUGGACAACCAUUAUCAUUCCACACAGUGGAAAAACACAGGAUAUCCCAUUCACAUGAUCUUGCAGAAGAUUUAUAUAUACAUCUCUACACACACAUGCCCUGAAAAGAGCUAUGAGGAUGCCAAAUCAUUUCUCAUUAUAUCGGGCUAUAUUUUACAGUACAUGGCCACAUAACUAUGGUGGAUGCUAAUUGGCCAAAGACCACAAUUAAGCAUGCUAAUGCCAUUUGAAAGCUUGCAGUAAAUGCCAAACAGGGUAUGUCCCUGGAAAUUGUGUUUCUGUCUACAUAGCUGCUAUUAAAGGAGUUCAGGAAGACA